CGUGAGGAGGAGGCGGCGGCGGCGGGCGGAAGAGGCGGCGGGCGAUGGCCGGGCUGCUGCUGCGCGGCGGGGUGCGCCGCUUCCCCUGGCUCUGCAACGUGCUGCUGUACGGCGGGCUCUUCGCGGCGGGCGACGCGGCCCAGCAGCUGUGGCGGCGGCGGCGGCGGGGGCAGCCGCCCGACUGGGCGCAGACGCGGCGCGUAGCGCUGGUGGCCCUCGCCUUCCACGGCAACUUCAGCUACGUCUGGCUGCGGGCGCUGGAGCGGGCGCUGCCCGGCCGCCGCCCGCCCGCCGUGCUCGGCAAGGUGCUCUGCGACCAGCUCCUCGGCGCGCCCGUCGCCGUCCUCGCCUUCUACACGGGUAUGAGCAUCCUUCAGCGGAAAGAGGACAUCUUCUCAGACUGUAAGAAGAAAUUUUGGAAUACAUAUAAGACGGGACUGAUGUACUGGCCUUUUGUGCAGCUGUCAAACUUCAUUUUGGUCCCUGUUUACCUGCGAACAGCUUACACUGGGCUCUGUGGCUUUGUCUGGGCUACCUUCAUUUGCUUUUCCCAACAGAGUGGAGAUGGCACAGCAAAGUCAGCAUUUAUGUGGCUCCAAAGAGAGAAGGUCAAUGCAGAUGAAGAAUCAUCAGAGAAAUAAGAACUUUAAUUCUGAACACAUUCUAAAUUGUUAAAACUGAAUUUAUGAAAGUCAGUAAACCACACUGCAGCUUCAUUGCUGUGUUUAAAAUAAACAGUCAUCUCAACAUUUGUUGGUUAGUAUAAGCAGUGGAACAGUUUGUCUUUGUGCCUGUUUAUUCUUCAUAAAAGAGGCCAAUUGUAUAUUGGCAUUUAAUUAUUUUCAUGCUGCUAGCCCAUCUCUUCUGGGAACAACUGACUUAUAGGGCAGUGUAAGCAUUUGCACAUCAUGUCAGACUGCCUCACUGGGGAGAAAUAUUAACCGUAAUUUAAUUUUCAAGCAACUUGUAAUUGCUAGAAAAAAGGGGAAUAGAACAUUAAAUCGCCAAUUGUCGGACCUGACAGUUGUUAUCAGUGCAAGAUUGCUUUUGCAAAACAAAAUUUAAUGGAUUUCUUAUCUAAAAAGUGGCACUUAAUCUGUUUUAUUCAGAGAAAACAGAAGUGCUGUGUUUUGUAGGGACCACUUUUCUAUAGGGGCAACUUGCUUUAUUCUACAUGAAAAUCUAUAUAGCAAAUUAGUUAUUUCACAGAAUGUACAAACCUGGAAUAUAUUUGUACAUCGUUUAUCUUAAUUGGAAGAAUAAAGAUAACUAACUUUGGUCAGAGUUCUUUGGGGCGGGUGCUGCAUGUUGACACUUGGAGGAAAUCAUAAGCAGCUCCUGCACGGUAGAACCUAACUACUGCAGGGCGCUUCUGUUAUACCUGUCAAUGACUUCUUCCUUUGCCCCUCAAGGGUCAAAGUAUUGAAGAGUACAUGGGAGUCUUGACAUCUUGACUCUUUUCUACAGUUUCAUUGUGUUCAAGAUAUAAUUAAGAUUUUGAAGAAAAAGAGCGUGAGAAGGAAGGUAAUAUGAAUGCCAGAAUCCAUCUCAAAACAAUCCAGCUAUAUAUAAGGAACUUCUAUUUCUUCUUCAAAUGGCUUUUAAACAUUCCUUUUCAUAAAAGACACUGGGUAACUACACAUAGGAGACUAGGAAAAGAUGAAAAUUAGUUAUAGGUCUGCUUUGUCAACUGGGGAUCUGGUCUGGAUGCAAAUGUGCUCAUCUGUAUUUUUUUAAUGUGCAUAUGUAUCUUAGAACAGGAACUGUGCAAAUCCUAUGAUUGCAGUAUGUUGAAAUCAGACCAGUAAAGGAGCCCUUCGUUUAUCAGAAUGGGAUUUUAUGCUGUGAAGUUACUAAAUUACAGGGUUGAAACAGUAUCUGAUUUAACCCAUCUUGAUGAUGAUUGUAAAGAGUAGACUCAACCUUCUUUGUUACAACAAUAAUAAACGACUUUGAGGAAUGUCUGAAUAUCUUCAGACAUGUCUAAAUUGUAAACCAAAGCCUGCUUAGGCUAUAAAUACACAUUUCUUUGGCCAGCAGCUGUAGUACUUAACAUUUUGGUUACGAUUAUUUGUCACUUUGGGAGACCAAUGCUGCUUCGUUUGGACAGGGAAAAGGCUCAUGCAAGCACUGCCCAAUCUAUUCCAGGUAAAAUCAGCUUGUUUAGCGUAACCCAGUGGUCAGUAGUGAUGCAAGGUACCCAUAUGGCUUUGACUACACGACUACAGUACGUGGGAGGAGAGUAGAUGGCAGGGGGUCUGCUACCAUCUGUUUUGCUGGCAGACAGGUGAAGGAGGUUACUUCCCUCUCAGGAUAGACAAGUCAUUGCAAUCCCAUCUUCAGCUGCACAGGUAGACGUGGAAGAGGACACCUGCCUACGCUCUUAAGGUGGAAUUCAUUUUAAUUGACAUCUGUAGCAUGGACAUCUGCAACUUGGCUAAAGAGUUUAAGCUCUGUUUACAGUCAGUGGAGAAAAAUUGGCAGUUUUAGACAUCUGUUUUAGUGUAUGGUGAGUUGUGCACUGUAAGUGUCUAUUUAUUUCCACCAAUAGCAGAGAGUCUCAGGUGACUGGCUCCUGUGUAGAUAGCUUCGUUGUAGAUGCUCGUAUUUGGUGAGUUGAAUUCUCCUGCUUGGUGUCUAUCUUACAUGUCUCUAUAGGAGCAAUUUAGUGGGUGUUGCUGCAUGAAUCCCACAGUGUGAACUGGGCAGUCCUGAUGCUGGACAUCCCAGUAGGAGUAGAACUCCACAGAGGAGCUAUUAUCUAUUUAAAAAAUGAGAGAUGAGUGAAUAGAUGUUUCAGACAGCCACAGCUGUUAAAAUUGUUAUUGUGCAUACUAAGUCCUCAGGAUAAAGAAGAAAUUUCAGUAGUGUUUUUUCUGUUGAUAUUUUUAGGAUCAGAGUAGUGUUUUAAAGUCUGUUCUAUUUAUUGAGACCUAAAAGUCUUGGAUAAAGUGUGCUAAUUAAGUAAUUGACUUUUUCUUACAGAUGCUAUUUAUUUUUAUUUCUGCUUGUGCCUUAAGUGUCUAAUGAUUAAUAGAAUUCUCUUGGAGAAGGGAACUGGAAAAUAACGACGUUACAAGGAGAGUGAAAUAGUGAAAUGAUGUUGGUUUGCUGUAAGCAGUGUGCAAUGUUCUGAUGCAACUCAGUGCAAAAAAAAUUUAUGCAUGGGUAUAGUUGGUAAAACUUAAUCCCCAGGUGAAUCAAGAAUUUAAAACUAUUCUCAUGAUCUGUAUAAUGCUGAUCCUUUUGUUAAGCAGAAGUAUUUAAUGAAUGGAAGAUCCCUCUCUUAUUUUAAACAGCUUAAAAGCUUAUACAAGCUGUGCUUUAUUGAUGUAUGCUUUUGGGCUGCUAAUUUUUUGCUUGGGAAUUUGAGCUAAAUCCUGCUUUGACUUCAAGUUUCUCUGACUGUGAGCUUCAGGGUUUCCUUCCAUAUUUCUAUUACUUGAAGUACAGUUCCUUCAUGUAGCAGAAUCCUGUAGCUCUUAUAUUUCAGUAGAUUCUGCAUAAUCCUUUCACUUGCUCUGUUUCUCAUGUUAAGGUACUUGACAGUUAAGUAACCCAAGACCCUUUUCACAGAAAAAAAAAUCUGUGUUUUUUUUUUUUUUUUUUUUCUAAUUUACUAGCACUGAUUGGUUUUAGGAACAUUUCAGACCUACAUAAUACAAAACAGUGAAGCUGUGUUGGGACAAAGUCUCAGUGUGCAUAAAUUAAUGCACCUUAUAAAGAUUUUCUGCAUUUGUCAAUUUAGUCUGAGGACCUAACCCCUCCAUUGUUAAAGACUUCAUUGUUUCUUGGUAAUUUUUUGGCUUAGAAGAUUAAUUGCACAGAAUAACAAAGUGUUGAGGUUGGAAAGAGCCUCUGGAUGUCCAGCCCAGGUCAUCUAGUACAAUCCUAUUUGACACAUAUAUAAACUUUUGUUUGCUUCUUCUAGUAAUUCAGUAAUUUCUUAAAAAGAAAGAAAGAAAAAGAUGGAUGAGACUUGUCCUAAUGUCUCUCCACCACCCUUUCAAAAACAGUUGUAAAUGCUUUAUGACUAUUUCAAGGAAUUGCACUGAUCUUAUUGCCAGCUGAACAUGCAGAUUUCAAUAACCAGAAAGAUGAACAGUAUUAUACAUCAUGUAGGUGCUCAGGAAGGAGGGAACACACUGCCAAUAGCUACUUGGCAUGCAUUCUGGUGAUGUUACCAUGUCAUGGGUCCUCUCUGAGAGCAAAUGGGAUGAGAAGACAUUUAUAUCAGGUGCGGUUCCAGCUUCAUGUUAUUCUGGAUAGCUGUGGAGUUGUAGAGUCUGAAUUUGAUAAAAUGAGAAUUUCAGAAUGUAUUUUUCUAUUGCAAAUCUUUUAUGCAAAUGAACCUCCUGUGCUUAAUGGUAUGUGAAAUAUAUCCUUCAAGGCUUGGAAAAUUCACCAGAAGUCCUCUCUGGUUUUCAUACCAGAAAGAACCAUCCAAUAACACGCCAUAAAAUAACCAGUUUCAUACUGCAGUGAAGGUGAAAUUGCCUGUAGUUGGUUACCAUAUCUGCUAUGUUAUCUGUAUAGCACAACCUUUGAAAUCUGUGCAGCUUCAGCCUUCGGAUUCUCUGCUCAAAGUGCCAAUGCUUUCUGCUCAUGCUGCUGCCUCUACUGCUAGUGCCAAUCCAAUGAAAUGUGUAAGAAAUACUUGAGUUUGACUAAAAUAAUUAAUUUCAAGUUGACUGAAAAAUGUCUGUGUUUUUGCAAAGGCUUAAUAAACAUUAAAUGCA